AUGACGGUAAACACUUUACCUCGUGUCGACGCCGAGUUUAAGACUCUCGAUGGUUUAACGUUGCGAGGGUGGUUAUUCCCUACCGCUCAGCGCGGCCCCGGGAUGAUCAUGUCGCCGGGAUUUAACAUGCCCAAAGACGCCAUUCUGCCCGAUAUCGCGAAGUGGUUCCAGGAGCACGGCAUUACUUGCUUCUUGUACGAUCCUCGCGGCAUCGGUGCUAGUGAUGGAGAGCCUAGAAAUUGUAUUGAUGCGCGACAGCAAACCGAACACUUACAUGACGCCGUGACGUGGUUCAAGGAGAACCCCUUGGUCGAUGAGGAGAAGAUUGCACUCUGGGGUUUGUGCUUUGGAGGCAACGUCACUCUUGCUGCAGCUGCUUUUGACAAGCGACUUGCCGCCGCCAUUGCUGUUGCGCCGCUGAUCGACUCUACCGGAAACCCGGAGCGCCGGCAGCCUAUCCUUGAACUUGCGAUGCACGACCGCGCUUGUCGACUGACGGAUGGCGAUGAGCCCAUGUACUUGCCCUAUGUGAACGAGGACGGCAGCAUCCCGAACGGCUUGCAGCUCGCAGCAGAGAUGAUGCCAGCGCUACAGCGCCUGGGUAUACCCGUCGAGAACCGCAUCUCAGUGCAGACGUACUACCGGAGCCUGUCGUGGAACAUUCUAAACGUCGUUCAGUACAUCGCGCCAACGCCAGCCAUGAUGGUCACGCCUGAGCUUGAUGUUUCUUGCCCGACCGAAGACCAGCUGGCUUGCUUUAAGGUCAUGAAAGAGCCCAAGGAGCUGGAUAUCCUCAAGGGCAAAGGGCACUUGGAUUGGGUGUUUGGAGAUGUAGAGAGCAUUUUGAGCCGGCAGUUAGACUUCUUGAAGAGGCACAUGAAGUUCUAA